AUGAAGAAAUCAGGGAAAAAAACUAGUUCAGUAAACGAUUCACAAAGAGGCGUUAUGGAUCGUCUUGAAGGAAUGGUAGGUCGUAGUAUGGCAAAAAAAGGCAUAUAUUCAACAACAUCUCCAUAUUCAAAACAACCAACAGAUACUGAAGCAUUACUUGAUAUGCUUGAUAAGCGCGUUGGUAAAUUACUUAUAAAAUCUAGUGAAAUAGAAAGUAAAUUAGAUGCAAUAGAAGGAAUUCAGAGAAAAACGUAUAAUCCGAGACCUGUUACGAAAACAUCAGGAUCAAAGAAGCAAUCAGAAGUAUCGGUUACUUCUGAAACCAGUAAAAAAUCUACAAAGCAAUCAAAAAUUCAGCUUAAACCUCGAUUUAGAUCAACUGAUAGUUCAUCAGAAAAAAGUCAUGCGGAUUUCGAUUUCCAAGCUUUAUUUGAUUUGGUACAAAAUCUUGCCACAGAAGUUCAUGAGAUGAGAAAAGAACAGACACAAAUGCAUGAUCAAAUUAACAUGAUUCAGGAUGCAUUAUUUAGAUCUGCUGAAGAAGAAGAGAAUGUUGAGUAA